AAACCUUUUAGAUCCAUCAAGAAUCUUCUUCUCAUUCUCUCCCACCCUACUAAGCCCUCACUAGCUUCUCCAAAGCUCACAAGCAAUGGACGUCGAAGGCAAAGGAGAAGAAUCUCGAACCACCACCACUCGGAGGUUCGCACUUCCGGUGGACUCCGAGAACAAGUCGACAACGUUCCGCCUCUUCUCCGUCGCUAAGCCCCACAUGAGAGCUUUCCACCUCUCGUGGUUCCAGUUCUUCUGCUGCUUCGUCUCCACCUUCGCGGCUCCUCCUCUCCUCCCGGUCAUCCGCGAGAACCUCAACCUCACCGCCACCGACAUCGGAAACGCCGGUAUCGCCUCCGUGUCCGGCUCCGUCUUCGCUCGUCUCGUCAUGGGCACGGCCUGCGACCUCUUCGGCCCGCGCCUCGCCUCCGCCGCGUUGACACUCUCCACCGCUCCCGCCGUGUACUUCACGUCGGGGAUCAAGUCGCCGAUAGGGUUUAUCAUGGUCCGGUUCUUCGCGGGGUUCUCGCUCGCGACUUUUGUCUCGACGCAGUUCUGGAUGAGCUCUAUGUUCUCCGGACCUGUCGUGGGCUCGGCUAAUGGUAUCGCCGCCGGGUGGGGAAACCUCGGAGGAGGCGCGACGCAGCUGAUCAUGCCGCUCGUGUUCUCGGUGAUCCGGCAGAUGGGAGCCACUAAGUUCACGGCUUGGAGGAUCGCUUUCUUCAUCCCUGGUCUCUUUCAGACCUUCUCUGCCUUCGCCGUUCUCUUGUUCGGUCAGGAUCUGCCUGAUGGAGAUUAUUGGGCAAUGCACAAAUCUGGAGAGAAGGAGAAAGAUGAGGUUGGGAAAGUGAUAACUCAUGGCAUCAGAAACUAUAGAGGAUGGAUAACAGCAUUAGCAUAUGGCUAUUGUUUUGGAGUUGAGCUCACAAUAGACAACAUCAUCGCUGAAUAUUUCUUUGAUAGAUUCCACUUAAACCUCAACACAGCUGGGAUUAUAGCAGCCAGUUUCGGUCUAGCCAAUUUUUUCGCUAGACCCGGAGGAGGUAUCCUCUCGGAUCUAAUGGCUAGACGGUUUGGUAUGAGAGGAAGGUUGUGGUCGUGGUGGAUUAUUCAAACACUAGGAGGUGUCUUGUGUGCAUCUCUUGGACAAAUUGAUUCAUUGACAGGGUCUAUAGUUGUUAUGCUCAUCUUCUCUGUAUUCGUCCAAGCUUCCUGUGGACUUACCUUUGGCGUUGUUCCAUUUAUUUCUAGAAGAUCUCUUGGGGUGAUAUCGGGAAUGACAGGAGCGGGAGGCAAUGUUGGUGCGGUCUUAACUCAACUGAUAUUCUUCAAAGGGUCAACAUACUCUAGAGAGACCGGUAUAACUCUAAUGGGGAUAAUGUCAAUCGCGUGUUCGUUACCAAUAUGCUUGAUUUACUUUCCACAAUGGGGAGGUAUGUUUUGUGGACCUUCUUCCAAGAAAGUAACUGAAGAAGAAUAUUACCUCGCUGAGUGGAGCACUAAAGAGAAAGAAAAGAACUUGCAUCUUGCAAGCCAGAAAUUUGCUGAGAACAGCGUUAGCGAAAGAGGCCGUGCCACAACUCAUCCUCAAUCUUGAUAAAUAACUGUUCUAUUUGUUUGCUUGUUUGUGUGUAUGCUUUUGUGUUAUUUUUUCUUUGCUUUUGCUCUCCAUUUCUUGAUUUUCUUUGUUCUCGUGUGAUAAGCUGUGUAUGUAAUGUAAUACCUACCGGUUACUGUUUUCUUUUUAUGGGGUACUUUGUAAAAGUUUGUUUAUCA